CGCUGACCAAUGAGCUGCAUGUGGCAAUCAAGCUAUCAAGGCCACAUCUAAGACCUGACCUUGGCGCUUCACCCGUGAAUCUCAACUGAAAGAUAUCAACUACCUACCUGGUAGCUUAACCUUUCGCUAGACUUACCUAGAUUAGCGACGAGAACGUGGCACGUAAAUCAUCCUCGACGCUCCCGCGAUGUCGUCCUUACACAGAUCUAUUGGGAGCUUUUGCAUUUUUGUCCCUCUUCUCUACACUUAUUGGCGGACGUCCCUGGCCGAUGGCGGCACGCUGAAGAAGCUUAGCAGUUGGGACGUUACCGGUAAAGAAGAUGUGUCCAAUGAUACGCUUGGUUUCUCAAAAAUCGUCGUCAUCAACCUGCCGUCGCGGAAAGACCGCCGAGAUGCUAUGAGCCUAGCGGGUAGCGUCAGCAACCUGACUUUCACGUGGAUCGACGGCGUGGCGGGUGACCAGGUUUCAAACCGCGACGUGCCGCCGAUUCGUAGGGGAGAACAUGCGGCGUCAGGGGCGAAGGGGUCCUGGAGAUCACACAUGGAUGCUCUUCGAUCUGUUACAAGAGAAAAUCUACCGAGCGCGCUCAUCUUGGAAGAUGAUAUAGACUGGGAUAUACGCCUCAAGUCCCAACUUCAGACUUUCGCACUGGCUUCAAGGACGUGGCUAAGGGAGUCCAAGUCUGGUAGACACCGAACUGACUUGCCCGACUUUGAUCCACCCUCGACGUUGGGGAGCAGAAGCCGUGCAAAGGCAGCUAUACACAAUCAUGAGCAGAACACAAUCCAAUUAGCCCCAGACGCAGGCUCUGAUAGAGAAAUCCAUAAAACUGCGUACGGGGACGACUGGGAUGUUCUGUGGCUGGGCCACUGCGGUGCUGACUUCCCUGAUGGCCAAUCAUCCGUCUCACCCCUAAGAGUCGAGAUCUCAGGCGACGAGACGGUCCCGGCUCCAAAACAUCUCAAACCCCAUCCCUUUUCCCUAAACGACAAGCUCGGCGAACUAUAUCCGCCGCAUACUCGCGUCGUCCACGCGUCCAGCGGGAACGUCUGCACUCUAGCCUACGCCGUCAGCCAGCGAGGAGCCCGGAAGCUUCUGUCGCAAUUCGACAACCACUACGAUACCCAGUGGGAUCUGAUGCUUCAGAAGUGGUGCGAAGGGAAGUAUGCCGUCGAGGGCAAGUCUCAUCAGAAUGUACGAGCAAACAGCGAUGACGAGACUCCUCCCAAGCGUGCGGAGUCCGUCCCGGUGUGUCUCACUGUGCAGCCUCCCCUAUUCAGCCACCAUUACGCGGAAAGCGGCACAUCCAACAUCCAAGGCCAAGGCGGGGGCUACGCGAAGGGGACGGGGACGCCGUAUAUAAGACUGAGCGUGCAGCAGAACAUCGACCGCUUGGUUGCUGGCGCGCAGGAGAGCGAGUUGGUGGACCAACUACCCGACAACGGUGAUCCCAUAUGGGGAUAGACAAGAACAACAAAACAGCCAGGGAAGAAAAAGAAAUGGGCCCAAAAAGGAAAGAGAAGAUUGUAGUAUCUCUUGAGAUAUGCCCACACCUGGAAUCGAACCAGGGAUCUCCGCAUUACUAGUGCGACGCAGUACCAUUGUGCCAUGCGGGCCGAUGAGUUUCAGUCUCGUCAGAACGGGUGUGUUCCGAUGAGAUGAAAGCGCCCAUGGUUAAAAGCGUUAAUAUUUUUCCUUCUUUCUUUUCUUUUUUCUUUUUUUUUUUUUUUUUUUUUUUGUUCGUGUGGAGUUUUCCUAUCCUUUCGACAUCGAAUACGAGAAUAGUACCAUAAUCCGUACUAGGAGCGGGAAACACCAAGCU